AUGCCCCAACCAAAGCCGAAGAGAACCAAGAAAGCCCAGCCAAAGGCUAAAGUGACUCAGGUUGAAUCUGAGGACACUUUACCUAUAUCCAAACUGGCUGAGAGUGGGAAGACCGCUUCGGUUCCCACAAAAAGGUCUGCUGAAACACAGCCAUCAGAGUUCACUCAAUCAAAGAAGCCGAGGUCAUCGUUUGCGACGACCUCGGGUUCCAAAAUACCAAGAGUCCCCUGGGUGCCUGAAAUCACCCUGGAAGAUAAGCCUGUUCUAGCCUGUGACAGUGCCGAUGACAUCAAUGUCGGCGUGGCACUCAGUACUGCUGUUCUCCUUUCUGGCGAUCUUGAGCGGAAUGUCAAGAUGAGCGAGUACGAGAACUACGCCUUCAUGCUCCAACGUUCUGUACAAGAUGAGGAUAAGGAUGAUGAUGAGGCUUUGGUAAGGAAGCCCAAGGACGCUAGUGAGACCAAGUCUCCUUCUCAAGAUGAUCAAGUCCUAGACUUGACUCAUGAGGAGGAUGAGGAGGUUAUCAAGGAGACCACUCCUGAGCAAGUAUCAUCUGAUGUUCCUCCAGUCGAUAGAAGUCUUGAUCAAACACUUGCCGAAAUUGAUGCCGAGUUGGCGGCAGAAAAGAUUGCCGAGGUGGUUCCACCAGAAUCCUCCGAGGAUGAGGAUAAGGAUGAUGAUGAGGCUUUGGUAAGGAAGCCCAAAGACGCUAGUGAGACCAAGUCUCCUCCUCAGGAUGAUCAAGUCCUAGACUUGACUCAUGAGGAGGAUGAGGAGGUUAUCAAGGAGACCACUCCUGAGCAAGCAUCAUUUGAUGUUCCUCCAGUCGAUAGAAGUGUUGAUCAAACACUUGCCGAAAUUGAUGCCGAGUUGGCGGCAGAAAAGAUUGCCGAGGUGGUUCCACCAGAAUCCUCCGAGGUUCCAGCCCAUCCAGCUGUUGAUGCUGAAGGAGCCUGA